AUGUCAAAGGUGGUAAUACGAACCCCUUUCGCGUGGAAUAAUUGUCUGAAGAUAACUGCAAGGGUUAUUCAUCAAAAAGUUGUUGGCAACGUAGUUAAAGUAACGUCGAGAAGACGUUUUACUAAAAAAUAUGGCGAGCAACCAUUACGGCGUGUAACACACUGCAUAUUUGAUCUUGAUGGAACAAUACUUGAUACCGAGCGCAUGUACCAUGAAGUAGUUGGUGAACUUUGUAACAAAUAUGGCAAAAAGUAUACGAAGGAAUUAGCAAAGGAGAUGAUAGGGUUAACAGACCACGACGUUAGUCAACGACUGGUAAAAGAACUGCUUUUACCUAUCUCGGCUUCAUUUUUUGAACGAGAGCUGGAAAGCGCGUGUCGAAAAUCAUUGCCAUUUGCUCCUCUCCGACAAGGUGUUGAAAAGUUACUAACUCAUCUUCACAAAUAUAAGGUUCCUUUAGCUUUGGCCACUAACUCUACAGAGCCUAUACUGCGAUUGCACAUGAUGAUGAGACCGAAACUGUUUUGUUUGUUUCACCACAAGGUAUGUUCUUCAGACUCCGAGGUUUCUCGCCCUAAACCAUUCCCUGACAUACUACUUCUGACUGCUGCAAGGUUUGCUGGUAAACCUAAACCCACAAAGUGCCUUGUAUUUGAAGAUUCGCCAACAGGUGUUGAUGCGGCAGUUGCGGCAGGAAUGCCGGUGGUUAUGAUUCCUUCAUUGCCGGGAGUAGAUUCAAAGUAUAGAAGAAAAUCUACAUUAUUUUUAAAUUCCUUAACGGAGUUUAAACCUCAAAGUUUUGGGUUACCAGCCUACUUAUCUGUUAAAUCUAGGAACUAAAAGUAUUUUCUUUUUAAUAGAAAAAGUUCUAAAAUGUACAUGCUAACAUAACAAAAUAUUACACACUAUGCACUAAUGUUAACGAUGUUCAUAAAAUUUUAGAAAUAAAUAAAAGUGAUUUUACCCGUCUUAAUGGAAUAUCGUACUGAUAUUAAUUUUAUUUAUUUGUGAAAUUACUCCACUAGUUUGUUAUCAACGCGCAACGCGUGCGCCCG